UUGUCACGGUUGUCAGUGUCAAAAGCAUCUCAAUCCGAAGUGCAUGUUAUAACCUCAAAACAAAUAACAUCUCGUGGGUUUAUUUUAAAAAUAAAAGCUUUAAUUAUAUUUCUAGAGUACAUGAAACAAUUGUUAUUGUAUAUAAGACAUAAGUAAAAGUAACUGCGUAUAACAAUGGGUAGGCGUAAAGGAAAAUGUGUGAAGAAGAAUCCUACGACGAAAGAAGCUUUGGAGCCAGAAAACUUAGUAAAAGCGCCUCACUCCUUCGUUAUCCACCGAGGACAAUGUAGUAAAGACCUCAUGGACUUGGCGAAAGACUUCAGGAAGAUCAUGGAGCCGUUCACAGCCUCACAACUUAAGGAAAGAAAGAAAAAUACAAUAAAAGACUUUGUGUCAAUAUCAGGGUAUUUACAUGUGUCACAUAUGAUGGUAUUCACGGAGACGGAACUGGGAUCAUAUAUGCGGAUGGCUCGGCUCCCCCGCGGGCCUACACUCACCUUCAAAAUUCACAAUUACAGUUUAUCCCGCGACGUGAUCUCGUCCCUCCGCAAGCAGUACGUGACGAUGCGCGCGUUCCAGCACGCGCCGCUCAUCGUGCUCAACAGCUUCUCCGGGGAAGGCAUGCACAUGAAGCUCAUGGCCACCAUGUUCCAGAAUAUGUUUCCUACUAUCAAUAUUACUACUGUAAAACUGAAAAACAUUCGUCGUUGCGUGCUGAUGAACUACAACCCGUCAACAAAGCUUGUGGAUAUGCGACACUACGCCAUCAGAGCCACUCCUGUAGGACUUAAUAAAGGAACGAAAAAAAUGGUGCAAGGAAAAAUCCCGAAUUUAAAUCGCUGUAAAGACAUGUCAGAGUUCUUUGAUAAAGCAGGAAUGCUGUCAGAGAGUGAAUUUGAAGAUGACCCCAACGCCCAAGUAGUGCUCCCUCAGAACCUAGCGUCGCGAGGUGCCGCCGCGGAAUCCAAGUCCGCUAUCAGACUGUUUGAGUUAGGACCUAGGAUAUCUUUCCAAUUAAUAAAGGUUGAAGACGGUUUAAUGGAUGGCGAGGUGUUAUUCCACGAACUGGUUGAGAAGACGGAAGAAGAAAAGGCUUUGAUUAAGAAAAAGCGAGAGGAAAAGAGACGACAGAAGGAGAAGCGCAAAGCUCAACAAGAGGAGAAUGUCAAGCGGAAACAGAAGGAGAAGGAGGACCUUAAACAGAAGUCUAUCGAGGGCAUGAAGAAGAAGGGACAGACGGAGAGCCAGAGAUUGAUGGAGCUGGCUAACGCGGAGUCGCAACACGCCGACAUGGACCAGGACAAAGAUGAUGAUGAUGCAGACUACUACAGACAAGAAGUUGGAGUUGAACCAGAAAAAGAUCUGUUCUCACAAAACUCACAGAAACGUAAAGGCGACCCCGACGCGCCACGCGGCUUUAAAAAGAUGCGACUAGACAAAAAGAUAAAACAGAAAUUCCAGAGGAAUCAGGACUCGAAACCACAGAACAAAGACGGGAAAAGACCAUUUAGAAACAACCAAAAUGACGGCAGGAAAUUCCAAAAUGACAACAAAGGGGGUAGAAAGUUCCAGAAUGACAACAAAGGGGGCAGAAAGUUCCAGAAUGACAACAAAGGCGGUAGGAAGUUCCAGGGCGACAGCAAAGGCGGCAGGAAGUUUCAGAGGGAUGGUAACGAUAGACAAAAGCCUAAAAAAGUUUUUGGCGGUAAAAUAAAUAAAUCCGGCAAAGGAAAAGGAAAGAAGGGUAGGAAAUGACAUACCAUGUAGCGGUUAAGUAUAUUUAAUAAAAGUUUUAAUUGUAAA